CCCGAGGUAGGGGAACAACCUCCCGGAAACCCCCCUCUCUUCUCUAGGAUCCCUAGCAUUCAGACUACACUCGAGUUUCAGCAGGCGCUGCAGAACGCCACACUUCAGAAUAGCGCUUUAGAUGACGAUGCCAUAUACCGUCUUCAAAACCCCCGCACUGAGCAAAUCGAUCUCUCCGCAGACCCCUGUCUCGACUGGUCCAUCAGCGCCUUCAUCGACUGCCUGAACGCGUCCAAUAAAACAUAUUCCAAACUCCACGAUACCUACCUUCGAACACAUCCGGAGCAAGACAUGCUCUCCUUUGCGCAGGUCAAAAAGCGCCUCGGAGACAUGACCGGUCUGGUUCCAAUCAAAUCAGACAUGUGUCCAAACUCGCACAUAGCGUACACCGGACCAUACGCGGACCUCACCAGAUGCCCAACGUGUUCCGAACCCCGCUACGACCCCAUCAUCUUCGAGAAGUCGGGAGGCAAAGUCGCCCAAAAGUAUUUCUAUACACUUCCUGUCGGUUUCCAGAUCCAAGCC